AUGUAGAAAUUAUCAAUUGAAAGGAUGCUAACUAUUUAACUAUGUAGAAAUGCUAACAAAUAGAAAUAACAAUUAUUAAGAAGUGAGUACCUUUAAAAUUAUUAAAUUAUUUAAGCUUAAUCAAUUUUAAGGAGUCAUAAAUAAAUUGACUAUAUAUGUUGUUUUUAUUUGUAAUUUGGUAUUUAAUUUCUAAUGGUAUCAAAGAGGGACUAUUCAAUCAUGCUAAUAAUAUUAUUGAUACUUGAGUGA